AUUCAACAGUCUUACACAAUUCACAGAGCUCACCACAGCACGUACCCUCCCCAGUGCCCAUCAUCCAGCCUCCCCAUCCCUCCUACCCCCUCCACUCCAGCAACCCUCAGUCUCCAUCAGUCUUUGAUCUGAAGUUUAGCCUGCAUCUUUGCUCAUCUCCAGCUAAAGGAAGGAACUACUUCACGGGGAAGGAUUUUUCUGUGUGCCAGGAAACCCUCUCCAGUGUCUCUGAAAUCACAUUGACCUGAGGGGGCAGCCAACAUAUACCAGGAUAAAGCCUGCUCUGCGGAGAACUGCAGUGAAGGGAGAGACAUGGUUGAAGCCUUCACUGUCCAUGUGUCUGAUAACGAAUACUUCCAUUUUAUAAGCCAGUGCUGCCAAGGAAAGGACUGUAACACCACUGAUGCUCUGGCUCCUCCCCUGAAAGAUGUGUCCAGCAACACAGAGUGUCGUGCCUGUCAUGGAUCUAAUGAAAGUUCCUGUAAUGUGCAACACAGGAAAUGUUAUAAAGAAGAACGGUGUGUCAAUCUAGUUGCAGAAUUUAAGACUGCGUUGACAGAGACUAGGAAGCUCGUGCUGAGAGGCUGUUCCAACAUCAGUAAUUCCACCUGUCGGUUCCUGUCUGCUGAGAACCGGACAGUUGGAGGAGUCAUCUUCCGGAAGUUUGAGUGUGUGGACAGCGCUAACUCCUCCUCGACUGCCCCCCCGCCCACCCCUCCUGCUAGCAGCUCCAGCGCCUCCUCAGCGCCCCCCUCCAACGAGCUCACCACCCCGGACACGGGCUCCAAAGCCUCCUUCACCCCUGCGGCCUUUGUCAGCCUCCUCCUGCUGGGGCUGCUCUUCUGAGAUCCAUCCUGCCCUCCACUGUUUCACCUCUCUCUCCCCUGUUAACCGUUCAGUAACUAGCAGCCAUAGCCCUCAGCAAAGCCCUGCGACAGCCGCGUUUUCCUCCAUUACUGCAGCUCUGUUCACGGGCUGGCCAAGUCUGUCCUCACAGGUUCCUUUGAGCUGCUACCCAGCAUCACCUCCCAGUUCCUUGCAUUUGAAGUCUGUGCACCUUAGUGUGUGGGCUCCCAGGACCUCCCAAAUCCCUGCCCAACUUGCUUCUGAGAAACAGACCCUUUCACCCUGUUGGCAUUUUCUGCCUACAGCCCUGCACUUCUGGGGACUGACCUGCCACUGUCCCCACCCACACACUGAGGGGUGCCAUGCCUGUAAUGCCCUGAGUUGACCCUAGCACUGUAUCUGCGCCUUCAGUGAUUGUCCUGGCUCUGGUCACAGGCCCACAGUGACAUGGUCCACAAGACCCAAACAGGGGUGCAGAGGGGCUGCCGACUCCCCUGCCUAGCCUCCUAGGCAGAGACAUAAUGCCGUUGGUGCUCAGGCUGACCAGAUAUCGCAUAGCCUUGUACAGAAUGGAACAUAGCUACAGAGCCCCAGUCCCCCUUCUCAGAGAACCUACAAUCAAAGGCAGAGUUUUGACUCCAUAUCAGAUACCCAGGGAGCAAGAAAGCUAUUUAAUACAAUACGUACAGAAGUCCAGGUUUGACAAAUAAAGUGGGCCUUGACCUGGACUUGGAAGAAUGGCAUUUUCUGUAAUAAAAAAUUUUA